CUAAAACAGUAGCCAUCCAAAACCUCUGUUCCUAUGACUAUAUAUAUAUAUUGUUAUCAUUCAAUUCAAUUACAUCUUUGUGUGCUUCUCGUGCCUUGUUCAUCAUUUUAUAACUCAUAACUCACCUUUAUAUUUUUCUCUCAUGUGACUCUUUUCCACUUUCUUCAAUCCUCAUUGUGUUUUGAGUUUCUUCUAUAGCUUCUUCAUCUGUUUCUUCAUAGAUAUAAUUAAGAUGAUGCCCCCUGAGCAAGAAACAAGUAUUAAGGCACCAAAUAACAACUCACCCAACACAAACAGAUCAGAGAGUAGCUCCAUCCAUGGCGGUGAGCCAGAAGGUUCUUCUUCGAACAAAGUUAAACCUAGUUUGGAUAUCGAUCACACCGCCAUUAAUAUUCCUUCUCAUCCAACUACACCAGUAACAACAUUUUCUAUUCUUCCUCAGUCCCUGAGACCAAUCACCCUCAAAUUUGAAGAUGUUUCAUAUAGUAUAACCUUAACAAACCAAAAGAAAAGCGGUUGCGUUUUGGGAAAAGAAUCAAAGGUAACAAGAAAAGUGUUAAACGGAGUCACCGGAAUAGCGAGACCCGGCGAGUUAACAGCAAUGUUAGGUCCGUCAGGCAGCGGCAAGACCACCCUGCUGACGGCCCUUGCCGGAAGACUUACCGGGAAAGUUACCGGUACAAUAACAUACAACGGAAACUCCGAUUCAAGCUGUAUGAAACGCAAGAUAGGGUUUGUUUCACAAGACGACGUCGUUUACCCUCACCUAACAGUGUUGGAGACGCUAACCUACACUGCUCUGUUGAGGCUUCCCAAAACUCUUACCCGGGAAGAGAAAGUAGAACAUGCGGAGAGGAUAAUCACCGAGCUCGGUCUUACGCGGUGUCGAAACAGUCCCGUCGGUGGGUGUAUGGCGCUUUUCCGGGGAAUCUCCGGCGGGGAGAGGAAACGGAUGAGUAUUGCGCAAGAGAUGUUGGUGAACCCGAGUUUGUUGUUGCUGGAUGAACCGACUUCCGGUUUGGACUCAACCACGGCUCAACUUAUUGUUUCGGUUCUUAGAGGACUCGCCCGGUCCGGUCGAACCGUUGUGACUACUAUUCAUCAGCCUUCGAGCCGGUUGUAUAGGAUGUUUGAUAAAGUGGUGGUUUUAUCUGACGGGUACCCGAUAUAUAGUGGAAACGCGGGUCGGGUCAUGGAUUAUCUUGGAUCCGUUGGAUUUGUUCCGGGUUUCAACUUUGUUAAUCCUGCUGAUUUUUUACUUGACCUUGCUAAUGGAAUAAUUGCUGAUGCGAAACAUGAUGAUGAGAUAGAUCAAUAUGAUCAAGAUCAAGCUUCUGUAAAACAAUCACUGAUUUCAUCAUACAAGAAAAAUUUAUACCCUGCUCUUAAAGAAGAUAUUCAGAAAAACAAUAUUGAAUCAUUAGUGUUUACAUCACAAGGAACAUCUAGACGUUCUUCCGAUAACCAAUGGAACACUGGCUGGUGGGAACAAUUCAGGAUUCUGCUCAAGAGGGGUUUACAAGAGAGGAGACACGAAUCUUUUUCUCGCUUAAAGAUUUUUCAAGUAUUGUCUGUUUCUAUUCUCUCUGGACUCCUUUGGUGGCACUCUGAUCCUUCACACAUACAAGACCAGGUAGGACUUCUAUUCUUCUUCUCGAUCUUUUGGGGAUUCUUCCCUCUCUUUAAUGCAAUCUUUGCAUUUCCACUAGAGAAACCAAUGCUAACAAAAGAAAGAUCAUCAGGCAUGUACCAUCUAUCUUCCUACUAUGUUGCUAGGAUGGUAGGAGACUUACCAAUGGAGCUUGUUCUUCCUACUAUUUUCGUAACUAUCACCUAUUGGAUGGGCGGUCUUAAGCCUUCUCUUGUAACAUUUGUGUUAACUCUUUUGAUCAUGCUUUUCAAUGUUUUAGUCUCUCAAGGAAUAGGCUUAGCACUUGGUGCAAUUCUAAUGGAUGUUAAGCAAGCAACAACAUUAGCUUCUGUGACAAUGUUGGUUUUUCUUUUAGCUGGUGGUUACUACAUUCAGAAAAUGCCCUCUUUUAUUGCUUGGUUAAAGUACUUUUCUUUUAGUCACUACUGCUAUAAGCUACUUGUAGGGGUGCAGUAUUCAGUAAAUGAAAUGUAUGAAUGUAGACAAGGGUUGCAUUGUAGGGUAAGAGAUUUUCCGGCCAUAAAGUGUUUGGAGCUUGACGAUACCAUGUGGGGAGAUGUGGCUGCAUUGGCUGUAAUGUUUGUUGGAUACAGAAUUGUUGCAUAUUUAGCUUUAAGGAUGGGUCAACCUAAAUGCCAAAAGACUUAAUGGAAUAAAAGUUAUGUGGUACCGACACAUGUCAGUGUCCAACACAAAAAUAACAAUGGCACUUGUGGUACAUUCAAUUAUUUCAUUCUCUCAAACUAUUACUAGUAUGGAAGUGGUCAAAGUCGUGUCACGUAUGUGUUAAUGCUUCAUAUAGAUUAAUAGAGAGAUCAUAUUAUUAAUUUUCAA